UGCUACCAUGGUAUAAAAGAACAGAUGAUUGAAGAACGAAGCAUCAUUCUCAAACUACUCGCUCAAGAUGAAGCUCAUCGUCAUUGCCUGCGUGGCUGCCGUGGCCGUCGCCGCUCCUCAGUACAGCUAUGGCGCUCCUCGAUCUACGUCCAGUGAAGAGUUCGUUCCAAUCCUCAAGGACGAGCGCGUCCACGAGGAAGAUGGAACUUUCAACUUCGACUUCGAAGCUGCCAACGGCAUCCGCUUCUCCCAGGCUGGAUCCCCCGACGGCGAUGAGGACGCUGUGAUCAAGGCUGGCGAAUACUCCUACACCUCCCCUGACGGUACCCCUGUCCACGUUCGGUUCGUGGCUGACGAGAACGGCUUCCAGCCCCAGGGCGCCCACCUCCCAGUGGCUCCUGAGUUCCCCCACCCAAUUCCUCAGUUCGUCCUCGACCAGAUCGCAAAGGCCGCCGAGGAGGACCGCAACCGUCCCCGCAGCGACGACUCCGAUGAAGUAUCCGGAUAUUAUGGUCGUCCCAAUUAAAUCUCAAUGAGAGAGAUGUAUUUAUUUAAUCUAUUGUUAUAAAAUGAAGUCAUUAUGA